UUCAGCGUCUGAAGUUCUUAUUAGAAAAAUCAUCACUUUAUGCUCAAUUCUUAGCAAAUAAAAUGGAACGGCAACAAGAAGAACAACGCGAGCGCGCUCAUGCCGAAGAAGGAAGGCGCACUAACGCGAAAGAAAAAGAAGAUAGAAUACAAGCAGGUCCAACGCGUCGAUCAUCAAGGAUUAGUGCGAAAAAUGCCGAUGCUGAAUCUACUGAAUCUUCUGCUAAGCCGGUUACAAAAAAGAAAA